AUGUAUAAAUUAAACCAAAUCAAUACUAAACACCCUAUUUCAAAAUUCCAAGAAAGUCUAUGGUUCGAAUAUUGCAAUGAUCCAAAAUCUUAUAAUUACAACGGAAUUAAUAUUAUCGAUGUAGACAAAUCUAGAUCUACGCGAGAAGCUGUUUUCGCUGCUAACAACUUGAUGUCAAGGUAUGGAAUUUUACGAAGUACCUUUCAUGAUAAAGAUGACGACGGAAAACCUACGAGAUGCUACCGAAGAGAAUAUCCAAUGGAACAUGCGAAAAAUGUUGUUCAUUUGAUGAUGACACCUGUUGAUAUAGAUGAGUUAGUAAAAAUGCCUUUUAAACUUGAAAAAUCAUACCCUGUUCGAUUUUACGUUAUAGUGGAUCCAGUUAAAUCGGAUUAUAAAAUAUGUUUAAUUGGUCAUCAUAUUGUUAUUGAUGGUAUAAGUAGUUAUAGCUUAGUACUUGAUUUUUACAAAUUGUUAUUCGGUGAAUCCUUGCCAAUACUUAAUGGGAUAACAUAUGACGGUUUUAUCUCGCAACAUGAGGAAUGGCUUAAUUCCAAUGAUUUUAGACUCAAACAAAAAUUUUGGUGUGAUCAAAUCAAGUCAACUAAAAAUGUUGAAUGGCCAAUGCAACUACCAUCUGUUCAGCACUCUUUACAUGAUAAACAAAAUGCACACCAAUAUCAAGUUUUUCAUAAUAAUGCUGAAGAAUUAAGAGCUCUAGGUUAUAAAUUUAAUGUUACCUGGUUCAUCACCAUGUUUUCGGCUGUAUGGAUCACUUUGUCGUCAUUCAUUGAUUUAAAGAAUGCAAAUAUCUGGCUUCCAUUCUCUGCACGUUCCAUGCCAAUUAAUUGUGAUAAAAAUGCAUUAUCUCGACUUGUUGGUAAUUUCGCUAACGUUAUGCCAGUUCAUCUAAAUAUUGAUGCAUCUAAUUCAAUUGAUUUGCGUUCAACUAUUCAGCAAGUAGCAAAAUUGAUAUUUACCGCAAAGCAAAAUGAAAUGUAUCCAUUUAUUGAUCUGGCAAGAUAUGCACAACAAACAUUAAAACGUCAACUUAUUCAACAAAUAAUUAUUACCAAAACACCAAAAAUGCCUAUGAAUUGUCAAGUCAAAGCUGUACGAUCUGAUGUAGAACUCUGGUUUGAUUUUAGCGAACAAUCAAAUAGCAUGAUAAUCAUAACGUUAAUUAAAUUAAAAUCUAAAUCCGAAAAUGAUUUAUCAGUACCACAAUCAUUUCCAACAAUCCAAGAACUUUUUCAACAACAAGCAAAGAAAUUACCAAAUCAACUAGCAUUAUACAUGGGUGAACUUGGAUUAUCAAUGACAUAUGAACAACUAGAUAAGAAAAGUAACCAAAUUGCUCGAUAUCUUUUUCAAAUUGGGGUGAAAAUAGAAACCUUAGUUGCAAUUCAUUUAAAUCAGGAUAUGUAUAUGAUUCCUUGGAUAUUAGGUAUUCUUAAAGCUGGCGGCGCUUAUGUUCCUAUUGAUAAAGCAUAUCCAGCAGAAAGAAAGAAUUAUAUAAUUAAAAAUUCUAAAAUUUCAUAUUUUAUCACUGAUGAGGAAUGUAAUAAUUGGGUUGAAAACUUUUCUGGUAAAACAAUUCAAAGUAAUACAAUGGAUGUUAUUAAACAAUCUGAUAGCACAGUCGAAUCAGUAUGCCAUGGAGAAAACCUUUGCUAUGUUAUGUACACUUCUGGAUCAACAGGAAAACCAAAAGGUGUAUUGGUAGAACAUAAAAGCAUUACAAGUUUAUUAAUGGACCCUAAAUAUGAGCAUUUUAGAUAUAAAAAUGGAGGAAUUAGGGUAUUACAAGCGCUAUCCAUGGCUUUUGACGCAUCAUUAUUAGGUUGGGCAAUGGCGAUUACUAAUGGUUCAACUAUUUGCUUUGCUAAAAAUCCAAAUUUAUUAGUUGGAAAUUACUUAUUAGAUGUUAUAAAAUGUAACGAAAUAGAAGCAAUGAAUAUUGUACCAACCAUCUUGGCUACCAUGUCACCUAAUAACUGUAGUCCAACUUUAAAAUAUCUCGAAGUUGGUGGAGAAGUUCUUCCAAAUAAUUUGGCAAACAUUUGGAAGAAUCGUCUUAAGAAAUUUUUUAAUACAUAUGGCCCUACUGAAGGAAGUGUUAUGGUAACAAAUUACGAUAUCAUAACUGAACAAAAUCUUGUCACAAUGGGUUCGGCAAUUGGAACUCCACGUGAUCAUACAUCUAUAUAUAUUUGUGAUCCAAUAACACAAGAAUUAGUAAGUGAUAAAGGAGAAAUAUUGAUUGGCGGUGUUGGAUUGGCAAGAGGAUAUUUGAGACAGGAUGAUAUCAAUAAAGAACGCUUUAUAUUUCACCCAAAAUUACAAAAACGUUUAUAUCGUACUGGUGAUCAAGGAUGUAUUCUAGAAGAUGGUAAAGUUAUAUAUUUAGGAAGGUUUGACCGUCAAGUGAAACUUCGUGGGCUCAGAAUCGAACUUUCUGAAGUUGAAACUAUAAUUUUGAGUAAAUGUCCAGAGAUUUGCUAUGUGUCAGUUCAAGUUAAUGAAGAAAAAAAGUCAUUAGUCGCAUUCGUUAUGCCAAAGAAUUUGGACCAUAAAGAAAUUCGAAAUAAAUUAAUCAAAACAAUGGCAAAAUUCCAAAUUCCAGAUAUUAUACCAGUUGAUAAUUUACCCUGUAUAGAUAAUGGAAAGAUAGAUCAUGCUAAGGUUAAGAAUAUUAUGCCCAAAUUACUCAAAAAAGCUAUUGAAUCUGUAACUCAAUAUAAGAAUUCUAAAGUUUCGCUUGUUUCACAUCUACAAGCCAUAUGGCAAAAAAUCCUUGUGUUAAAAGAAAAACCAGAUAUUAAUACUAAUUUUUUUGACCUUGGCGGCCAUUCUCUUUUAUUAUUACAAUCACAAAAGGAAAUUCAACAACAAAUUUCACCAGUUGAUCUUGUUGACCUUUUCCAAAAUCCAACAAUUGAAUCUUUGGCAAAUCAUCUCAUACCUACAGAUCAAUCUUUGGAUUUAGAUAAUUCUAUAAGGACGUCUAAUAAUGAUCAAGUGAUAACUGCAAAUGAAAUAGCAAUUAUAAGCAUGGUUGGUUGUUUCCCUGGAGCUGAAUCAGUUAAUGAAUUAUGGGAAAUGAUAAAGACCGGGCAACAUGGGAUUCACACAUUUAGUGACAAAGAGCUUGAUAAGAUGAAUACGAAAAAUAGUAAUGAUCCUCAUUAUGUACCAAAAUGUGGUGUGCUCUCAAAUAUUGACAAAUUUGAUGCCGAAUUCUUUAAAAUUAAUCAUCAAGAAGCAAUUUCAAUGGAUCCACAACAACGUCUGUUAUUAGAAAAAAGUGUACAAGCUUUAGAUGAAGCGGGAAUCAAUCCACAGUAUGAAAAAGGACGAAUUGGAGUAUUUGUUGCAAUUGAAAAAAGUACAUACAAGAACCAUUCAUAUGAUAAUGAAAAUGAUAUUUCAAAAAAAUAUAGUGAAGAACUUAAUACCUCAUUCGGAAGUGCAGCAACGAGAAUUGCAUACCAUUUAAAUCUUAAAGGGCCAGCAUUUUCUCUUAAUUCUACUUGUUCUAGUUCUUUAACUGCAUUAAAGACAGCAUGUAAUAGUAUUCAAUGUGGUGAUUGCGAUGUGGCUAUUGUUGGUGCUGCUUCUAUUGUAUUACCACAGUCUGGUUAUAUAGCACAAUUAGAUCUUAUUUUUUCAGCAAAUGGGAUAUGUCGCCCAUUUGAUCAUAAUUCUGAUGGAACUAUUCUUGGAAACUCUGUAUCGGUCAUUGUUUUGAAACAAUUACCCAAUGCAAUUUCUGAUCGAAAUCCAAUUUCUGCUAUUAUUAAAUCAAUUGAGUUAAAUAAUGAUGGAAAUAAUAAGUUAGGUUAUACAGCACCAAGUGUAGAUGGACAAUAUGAUGUAAUUAAAAAAGCUAUUCAAUCCGCUAAUCUUCUUCCUGCUGACAUUAAUUUUAUUGAAGCUCAUGGAACUGCCACUAAACUUGGUGAUCCUGUUGAAAUUAAAGCUCUCACAAAAGUAUUUGCUGAAUAUUCACCAACAACUAAGAAGCAUUGCGCUAUAACUUCUGUGAAAUCUAAUAUUGGUCAUUGUAAUGUUGUAGCUGGUUUUACUGGGUUAAUAAAAACUGUUAAAGCAUUAGAGGAUCGUGUUAUACCUCCUAUGGCAAAAGGUCAUUUCGAAAAAGCUAAUCCAUUAAUAAACUUUUCAUCCAGUCCAUUUUAUAUUGCUUCUGAGUUACAAAAUUUAAAUAAAACAGGAACAAUAUAUGCAGGGGUAAGCUCGUUUGGUAUCGGGGGAACAAAUGGGCAUUGUAUUUUAGCAUCAUAUAAAAAGGAUAAUUUAAAUUUUGAAAAUGAAACAGCCAAAAAUACAGAGAACAUUAGAGUUAUUCUACCUUUUUCAGCGAAAUCUAUUAAUGGCCUAAACAGCAUUAAGAAGGAAUUUAAGAAUUAUUUCAAAGGUUACGAUUUAUCAACACGUAAUUUGUAUAAUUUAUGCAAUAUUGCAAGAACUCUUCAAAUGGGUAGAACCCAGUAUGAAUUCCGUGAUAAGAUAAUUGCCACAUCAAUAUCUGAUGCAUUAAGCCAACUUGAACAAACAAAAUCAACAAUACAUGUAACAUCGCCUAAAGAAAAUAUAAUUUUUAUUAUAUCCGGCCAAGGCAGCCAUUCUAUUUCAAUCCAUCGACAUAUUUACAAAUCAUCACUAUUGUACCAAGAAAGAUUCAAGGAAUGUGUGAAAAUUUUACAAAAAUAUGAUCCUACAGUACCUGAUCUUAUCAGUUAUAUGGAAAAGGACAUUCAUGAUCCAACUUAUGAUUCUUUGUUAAUUUUUAUGUCAAGUUAUAUAUCGGCUGAAAUUCUCAGAUUGGUUUUUAAUGUACAAAUUUCUGGAAUUGUUGGGCAUAGUCUAGGACAAUACGUGGCUGCCACACUUGCUGGGGUAUUUCCACUUGAUAUUGCUUUAGGAAUCGUAUUAAAAAGAACACAAAUUAUGCAUAAAAUGGAAAGAGGUUCAAUGUUGGCCACUAAUUUAAAUAGCAAACUUACAAACAAUUUUAUAAAGGUUGGGAAAAUAUCUUUAGCAGCAAUAAAUGAACAAAAUCAAUGCAUAUUUUCUGGAAAAUCGAAAGACAUUAAGGAGCUAGCAGUAAUUCUUAAAACUCAAAAUUAUAAAAUUAAAAUUCUUAAUGAAGCAUAUGGAUUUCAUUCGCAUCUAACAGAUUCCAUUUUAGAUGAAUUUGAAAUAGAGAUUUCUUCAUUACUUAAUAAAGCAUCUAAACAAGCAGCUUCUACAAUUAUUCCUUUUAUCUCAAAUACCACUGGAAGGUGGGUUAAUGCUGAAGAAGUGUAUACAACAAAAUUUUGGAGAGAACAUUUACGAAAAACUGUCCAAUUUGAAUCUGGAGUAAAAACUGUUUAUUCAACAUUUUCAAACCCAAUUUUUAUUAAUGUCGGAAUUGGAAUUAAUACAAGUAAAUUGGUCCAAAGAAUAUUAAAUAAUAAUAUAACGAUUCUAAAUAGUUUUGUUUUGGAUAAGACUAGUUUUGAAGAAAUAAUUGGAAAUUGCUGGUGCAAUGGAAUUGAAAUUAAUUGGCACAAUUACUAUAAGCAUAUUUGUCCUUUGAUGACAAAAACUCAACUUAUUCGAUUGCCUGGAUAUUCAUUUAAUCAUACUUGUAGCUAUUGGGUUCAGCAAUCUCAUCAAGCGUCAUUAGUAAAAUCUAAUGCUGAUGGUUUUGUAUCUAAUGAAAUAGACCAACAGCCACUUGCAAAAUAUAACAAUUCAUCCACAAUUGAAGGCAGAGUAAUUCUUUGUUUUAAGAAAACUCUUGGUCUGAACAAUAUUAAUAUAAACAGCAACUUCUUUGAUUGUGGCGGUGAUUCUCUUUCAGCAAUAUCAUUAAUUAGUUUAUUAAACAAAGAAUUUAAUUUUGGACUUUUAUCACUAAAAGUUCUAUUCAACUCUCAAACGCCCCUUGAUUUAGCCAAUUAUAUUAAAGAAAUUUUAAGCACAAACAUUUCGCCUACAAUUAACAAUGAUUUUAAUAAAUCAACAUCAAUAACAAAAUUCAAUCAUGGAUGUGAAACUAUUAAUCCAAUAUAUAUGAUACAUCCAGUAAGUGGGUCUUGCAUAUUUUAUAAAGAUAUUAUUAGUUCAUUAGAUAAUAUAACAGCCUAUGGGUUUGAAUAUCCUGGAUUUCACGAUACACCAAUAGAAUAUCAUUCUGUACAAGAUCUUUCUGAAAUUUACCUUAAAGAUUUGUUAAAAAAUAAUCAAAAUGAUUCAUAUAAUCUUUUUGGUUCUUCAUUUGGCGGACUUGUAGCAUAUGAAAUGGGAUGCAAAUUGGUUAAACAAGGAAAAUCAGUGAAUAUAAUCAUGGUAGAUACACCAACUGCUCAAGAUGUGAAGAAUUCAAUAAGUGUAGCAGAAAUUUUACAUUAUACUUAUUCUAAAAUAUAUAAUUUAGAUGAAUUAAUUGGAAUAGAUAAUGAUGAGAAGGCAUUGCAGAUAGCCAUUAAAAAAGCAUCAACCUUGGGUAUGAAACAAAAUCAAGUAAUUAUCACAGAAGACACUGUGACAGCAAUGCUAAAAAGAUAUUUUGACGUGAUUAACUUUAAUAUAAAAGCAAUUAGAACAUAUCAAUUACCAAGAUCUGAAAAACCAAUACCGAUUAUUUAUUUCAAAGCAAAGAUAAGAAAAAAUUUAGAUCCUGAAUUUCCAGAAAAAGCUUGGAUUAAAAUACAGGAAAUUAAUGGAGGAAAGUUUGAUUGUAUUGAAUUGGAUGGAGAUCAUAUUAGUGUGAAUUUUAAUCCAGCAUGUAAAAAUAUUACUGAUUAUAUCAAACAAUAUUUCAAAUCUAAUUAUUAG